AUGGCAAUUACAAUCGCAGUUCUUGGAGGCACUGGACUGACCGGCCGAAACGUUGUUGAACAAUUGAUCGAAAAGCCAAACGUCAAUUUGCGGGUUUAUGCACGUUCGCGGCCCAAGUUGCUCGCACUGUUUCCCGGCCUGGACAAGAACCCGCGCGUCUCAAUUUUUAUCGCGCCGGUAAACGAUGUCGAGAGCAUGAAGAAAUGUCUGUCGGGAGUCGAUGUUAUCAUUUUCACACUUGGAUUGAACGAUAACCUAAAGGGAGUCUCCGUAAUUGAGGACGGGGCGAAAUCGGUGGUUGCGGCUUUACAAGACUUGAAAGGCUCGACUCCCAACUGGCGCAAGCCUCGGCUGCUCUUGUUGUCGUCGUCUACAUGGAACGAAAGAUUUGCUUCCCACCGGCCAGCCAUUGUCCACUGGCUCAUCUCGAAUGCCUUCUACUACCCAUAUCUUGAUCUUCGUCGAGGUACAGCCCUACUCCAAUCUCACCCAGAUCUUGUCGAUGUUACCCUUAUCCAACCUGGUGCUCUGGUGGAAGAUGAGCCCAGCGGUCAUGAGAUCAGUACCGAAUCAGUACGUCUUGCGGUAUCCUACCCUGACUUAGCCGCAGGGUUCGUUGAGCUGGCCACGGUUCCAGGCUAUGAAAAGUUGAAGGCGGUGGGUGUCUCCAGCAAGAAGGGCGACCAGCCUGCAAAGUAUGGACCUGAACUUGCACUCAGGGUGUUAAUGGGUUUCUGUGCUUAUAUUCCUGGGUUUUGGACCGUCCAUUCAUUGGUCGCCGGGAGGCCUGCAUGA